GAGGGCGGGAGAUAGCAUAUAAAAAGAGACAGCAGGCCCUCGAGUACACAGCAGCAGUAGCAGCAGGCUGGCAGCAAGUGGCCCAGACCUCCAAGUCCAGAUCUACCUGGGACAACCAGCUUCUGGGUGGCCAGUGACCAGUUCUUGCCCCAGGAUGGGGACCUUAUCCAGAGCAGCCUUGAUCUUGGCCUGCUUGGCCCUUGCUUCUGCUGCCUCUGAGGGAGCCUUCAAGCCUUCAGAGCAAAAAGAGAUGAAGCCAGAGAACCUGUUCCUGCACCUUCAUGAAGUUGGCUAUGCAGCCCCUCCUUCCCCAUCACAAACCCGGAGACUCCGAGUGGACCACUUUGAAACCUCUCAGCCCGACCCUCUCUUUGAGGAACAGAGGGAAGUGCAGCCCCCUUCUCCAGAAGCCAUCCCUGUCCAGGAAGAGUGGCCCAGUCUCCCAAGGUCGGGAGAGAAUAUUGUCGGUCGUCCUGUCCCUCAAGAAGCCAUCCCCCUACAGGAAGAGCAGCCCCCUCUCCAAGUCCCUGUUGAGCAGAAGGAAAUAGAGCCAUAUGCCCAGCAUCAGGAGGAGAUGCUCCAGUCCAGGCAGACAGAGGAGAAGCCCUUCGUGGGCCAGCGUGCCCCAGAACCCCAGCCUUCAAACCCGGUGCAGCACUGCCAACAGGGCCGGAGAGGAGGCUGGGGCCACAGGCUGGAUGGCUUCCCUCCUGGACGGCCUUCUCCCGACAAUCUCAACCAGAUCUGCCUUCCUGAGCGCCAGCAUGUGCUGUACGGCCCCUGGAACCUGCCGCAGACUGGCUACUCCCACCUUAGUCGCCAAGGAGAGUCCCUCAAUUUGCUGGAGACUGGGUAUUCCCGCUGUUGCCGCUGCCGCAACCCCACAAACCGCCUAGACUGCGCGAAACUUGUGUGGGAGGACACAAUGACCAGGUUCUGUGAGGCCGAGUUCUCUGUCAAGACCCGACCUCACCGGUGCUGCAGACAGCGGGGGGAGGAGCGAUUCUCUUGCUUCCAAGAGGAAGCUCCGCGGCCACACUACCGGCUCCAGCCCUGCCCCAUCCACCAGACUGGCAUGUCCUCGGGGCCCCAGCUGCCUUUCCCCCCGGGGUUGCCCACUCCGGACAAUGUCAAAAACAUCUGUCUCCUGAGACGCUUCCGCUCUGUGCCACGCAACCUCCUAGCUACUGACCCCAUCCAGAGGCAGCUGCAGGCUCUGACCCGGCUGGAGAUGGAGUUCCAGCGCUGCUGCCGCCAGGGCCACAACCACACCUGCACAUGGAAGGCCUGGGAGGACACCCUGGAUGAAUACUGUGAUCGGGAACUGGCUAUAAAGACCCACCCCCACUCCUGUUGCCACCACCCUCCUAGCCCUGCCCGUGACGAAUGCUUCGCCCAACGGGCUCCCUAUCCCAAUUAUGACCGGGAUCUCUUGACCCUUGACCUCAGCCGAGUCACCCCUAACCUCAUGGGCCAUCUCUGUGGAAACGGAAGAGUUCUCACCAAGCAUAAACAGAUUCCCGGGCUGAUCCAGAACAUGACUGUCCGCUGCUGUGACCUGCCGUUUCCAGAACAGGCCUGCUGCGGCGAAGACGAGAAACUAGCCUUCGUCGAGAAUCUCUGUGGUCCCCGAAGGAACUCCUGGAAAGAUCCUGCCCUCUGCUGUAACCUGUCUCCUGGGGAUGAGCAAGCCAACUGCUUCAAUGUCAACUAUCUGAGAAAUGUGGCCUUAGUGUCCGGAGACACUAGGGAUGCCACCAGCCAGGGGGAGCAGAGCCCAACUGGAGGAACAAAUGUCAACCCCACCCCUGGGUCCAAGGAAGAAAAAUGAGUCACCCUGAGCCUCGGAGGAUUAGAUGGGGAACCCCACCCUACUCCACCCUCCUUGAACACUCAUUACAAUAAAUGCCUCUUGGA